AUGGCAGAGAUUAAAAUAUUGGAAGAGGCAAUUGAGUUAAUCAGUGCAAUGGAACCCAUCCUAAUGGGAGGAAUGUCCUCCAAUGGACCUCUGAACGCAAAUCUUGGAGGCCUUGGCACUGACCAGAAUGAGUUGAGCUUCAUUGCGUCUCGCUCUUUUGAGAUCGAUGAUUAUCAUGGAUUUCCUUUGGCAGACCUGCGAGUGAGCAUGCCUUCUACAAUGGUUAAAUUCUUGAGACUUAUCUUUAAUCACGAGACUGGAGCUGAGGAUGUGCACUUUACCUCUACAUCAUCUCAUUCUGAAUCUGUGACCAUAGUGUUACGUACCGAUGACUUGGAUGCUGAUAAUACUGGAAACAAGGAACCAUCAAGCCAGCUGGAGUGCUCUUUAGUUAAAGCUGGAGUUGAGCUUCGUAUCUAA